UGAUGGAUUCAUAUUCAAUGAUUGAUAUUUACUCAAAUGUCAUCUAGUUAUAAGGAACAGAAAAAAUAAAAAUAAUAGAGGCUGCUGCUACUAAUCUAGAUCUCGCUUCUGUUCGGAGCCACCAUCCAUCCCUAUUACCAGAAACAUACAUGGCAUCCGCGACGUUUGCUCACUUACAAAUCCCGCUUGAAGACGUGAAAAAUGGCACAGACAACUUUGCUGUUUCUAACAUCAUCGGAAAGGGUGGAUUUGGAGCAGCAUACAAAGGGCAACUCUUGCGGUCCGGGAAGUCCAUAAAGAUUGCUGCCUUGAGGUUAGAUCGUAAGCUUGGGCUAGGAGGCUUGGAGUUUUGGAACGAAAUUUCAGUGCUUUCUGAUCUCAAGCAUACAAAUCUAGUUUCUCUUAUCGGGUUCUGUGAUGAAAAUCGUGAGAAGAUCAUCGUGAUCAAGCACGAGGAGAAUGGAAGCCUCAGGGAGCAUCUAAACAACCCUAGUCUCACAUUAACACAAAGAUUGAGAAUAAGUGUUGGCGUGGCUCGUGCACUGAGCUACCUCUAUCAUGACGAGGGACGUGGUUACAGUGUAAUACAUUGUAACAUUAAUACAUCCACAAUUUUAUUAGACCACAACUGGGAAGCCAAGUUAUCCGGUUUUACAUUUUCCAUCAAACAAUCGGAUAGCCAAAUAGACCAGGUCGUCCUUUGUGAACCCAUUGGAAUAGCUGGGUAUGUGGACCCUGCUAUUGAGAAGAUUAGAGGUGCGUCCCACACGUCCGAUAUCUACUCCUUUGGCGUCGUUCUAUGUGAAAUGUUAUGCGGGAGAGAAGCCUUUAUUCCGAAACAUAUCAACAGCCUUCUGGCUCCAUUGGUCAAAGAUCUUAUAGAAAACCAUAAACUAUUGGAUAUAAUCCCUCUUUAUCUCCAUAAUCAAAUGGUAUCCCGAUCAUCAUGGUACGGAUACGCCGGAGCAGCAUAUUCUUGCAUAAAUGACGAGCCAGCACACCGCCCAAACAUCAAGUAUACUCUCGCCGUACUUGAAGAAGCAUUGGAACUUCAGCUGAAGCGUGAAAAUCAAAUUCUUGAAAACAAUUUGGAACACUUCAAAACUGCUCUCCGUGAUAUAAAAUCAGCCACAGAAAAUUUUUCGGAGAAAUAUGGAAUUAAAUCAGACGAAGACUAUAAUCUUUACAAAGCGGAACUAGACCAUUUUGAUGUUAAAAAUCAUUCAUCCGUAGAAGAGAAUAAAGGCAAACACCAGAAGAGACACAGAACUGUAGUUGUCAAACGUUUUUUCUAUAAAUUUGACCCGCAAGGAGAAGAAAGGUUUUACACAAAUAUUAGAAUGCUUACUAGUGUUAAGCACCGCAACAUAGUCACUCUACUUGGAUUUUGUGUUGAAGCUUGUGAGAUGAUCCUUGUCAUCGAAAACUCUCAUGAAUACCUUAAUGAUGCUUUGAUGAACAUACAAGUACGUACUUUGACUUGGGAGAAACGUUUGAAAAUAUGCAUUGAUGUUGCACAUGCAUUGAAAUACCUUCACUCUAAGAUGAUAAUACACCGGGAUAUAUGUCCAUGGACAAUUGUGUUGGACGAGAACCUCGGGGCAAAGAUUGAUGAUUUUUUUUACUCGGUAUUAAUUCCAACAUAUCAAGAUAAACUUCUUUGUCUUGAAUCGAAUGGUAGAGAAUUUUACUACAUAGAUCUAGAGUAUGAGGAGGAUAAUAAGUUAAAAAGCGCAUAUGAUGUUUAUAGCUUUGGAGUAGUUUUGUUUGAAGUUUUAUGUGGGAAGCUAGCUAAUCACCCGAUUUACCUUACAGAGAGUGAGAAAGGGUUGUCCCAUGUGGUAACCCAAAGAUACAACAUAGGAACCUUGAAGGAUAUGGUAGAUCCUUUAUUAAAUGAUGAAACUGAUGAAAACAAUAUAAUUCAAAAUAGAGGACCCAAUCAAGAUUCUCUAGACACAUUUAUUGCAAUUGCAUUUCGGUGUAUGGCGAAAACUCAAGACAAACGUCCUACAAUGGAAAACGUCACUCAGGAACUUGAGAAAGCAUUAUAUUUCCAAGAGCAUCAAGAAACACCAGAUGUUGAACAAGUUGUGGAUAAGCAUGAAAAAACACCGGAACGUGCUAAUGAGAGUAUCCAUGAGGAGCGAAUACAAUGCCCAAACCCGAACCAAAUCGUAGAUGAACUUGAGACAGCAUUGGAAGCUAAGUCGACACAUGCAAUUCCUGGAAAGAACUUGGAACACUUGAAGAUUCAUCUCACUGAUAUUAAAUUCGCCACAAAUAAUUUUUCUGAGACAUGCAUAAUAGGAUAUGAUGAGCUCUAUACUUGUUACCGAGCAGAACUCGAGAAUUUUUAUAAGCAAAAUCCCGUAGUUGUAAAACGCUUCUCUUAUAGACAUGGAUUGAAAAGAGAGAAAGAAUUUGCUACAGAAAUUGAAGUUCUUACCCGUGCUAAGCAUCCCAACAUAGUUACUCUACUUGGGUUUUGUGUUGAAGGUUCUGAGAUGAUCAUUGUCAUUGACAAUCUUUCUAAUGGAUUUCUUGGUGAUUAUUUUCUAAACUACAACAAGCUUCGUAUUUUGACAUGGGAAAAACGUUUGAAAAUAUGCAUUGAUGUUGGACAUGCUUUGAACUACGUUCACUCUGGAAUGGAAGACCAAAAGACGAUAAUUAACCGUGAUAUAUGUUGUCGCAACAUUGGGUUGGACGAGAACUGGACCGCAAAGAUUGUCAAUUUUUAUGUCUCUAUGUUCCUGCAUCCAAAUCAAGUAGGCCUAGAUCCCUGUUCCGAAGUGAGAGGUAGGCCUUAUUACAUAGAUCCAGAAUACAAGAAGACUUCUAAGUUACAAAGAGAAUCAGAUGUUUAUAGUUUUGGAGUAGUUUUGUUCGAAAUUCUAUGUGGGAAUUUAGCCUGUCACCCGGUUUACAGAAGGGGGGACGACGACGGGUUGGCAUCUAUAGCAAGACGGAGGUUGAGCACGGGAACACUACAAGACAUGAUAGAUCCUACACUAUAUACAGAAACCAGUGAAAAUAAUGUUAUUCUAAAGAAAGGACCGAACAAGGAUUCUUUGCACAUAUUUAUUAACAUUGCAAAUCAUUGUCUGGCAGAAACUCAAAUCCAGCGUCCAACAAUGAAUGUUGUCAUCGAGCAACUUAAGAAAGCAUUAUUUUUUCAAAAAUACAAGGACAACCGCAAAUUUUCACUUAUAGACAUAAAAUGUGCCACACAAAACUUCCAUGAUGACAAUUUCGUUGGCGGAGGAGGAUUUGGGAAAGUAUAUAAAGGAAACCUUCAAGAUAGUGACAGAGAAAAUACAAUUGUUGCGAAGCGAUUGGAUACGAGGCUUGGUCAAGGGGAACAACAAUUCUGGAACGAGCUCCAAAUUCUUUUGGAGUAUAAGCAUGAAAAUAUCAUUGGUCUUGUAGGCUAUUGUGAUGAAGACGAGGAAAAGAUCAUUGUUUAUCAAUAUGCGCCUAGAGGAAGUCUUGAUAUGUAUUUGAACAAUGCUUCUCUUACAUGGGUGGAACGACUUAAUAUAUGCAUUGAUGUUGCAAGUGCAUUGGAUUUCCUUCAUGGAGGAGUUGGAAAACAAGCAAAGGUGAUACAUAGAGACAUCAAAACUGCAAACAUUUUGCUAAACAAUGACGGAAAAGCAAAACUUGCUGAUUUUGGGCUUUCUUUAAUAAGCCCAAUAACUCAGAAAACAUAUUAUGUCCUCGAUAACGUGUGUGGCACAUUGGGAUACUUGGACCCACAUUAUAAAACAACGAGAUUCCUAACCAUAGAAUCUGAUAUUUAUUCUUUUGGUGUGGUUUUAUUUGAGAUUUUGUGUGGGAGAUCAACGUAUUCUACCCGUAAACAUCAGGGUAAGUUUCUAUCAGGUUUCAUUAAAAACAAAUUUAAAGAAGGAAAGCAAGAUGAGCUGGUAUUCGAGCAAAUAAGAGAGCAGAUCGACCCAAAAUCAUUGACAAUAUUUCAAAGAAUUGCCUAUCAAUGCUUACAUCAUGAAAGAGAAAAACGUCCGACAACAAAAAAAGUUCUAGUAGAACUUAAGAAGGCAUUGGAAUUUCAAAACAUGGCAUCAACAAUGACCAAGUUAAAUCACUUACAUAUCACAUUGGAAGACAUCAUAACGGCCACCAACAGCUUUCAUAAUGAUAACAUUAUCGGACAUCAUGGAUUUGGUACAACAUAUAUAGGACAACUCUCACGGUCUGGAACGUUGUUGAAGAUUGCUGCACGGAGGUUUGAUUCUAAACAUGGGGAAGGAGACCUCAAAUUCUUGAAGGAAAUUUCUAUGCUUUCUGAUCUCAAGCAUACAAAUCUAGUCUCUAUUAUUGGAUUUUCUGAUGAGAAAGAUGAGAAAGUCAUCAUAACCAAGUAUGAAGGCAAUGGAAGUCUUGGGCAGUAUUUAAACAUCUCGAACCUCACAUGGACGCAAAGAUUGAGGAUAUGUGUAGGUGUGGCUCGUGCUUUGAGUUACCUCCAUUAUGAUGAGGGACGCGAUUAUACUAUUAUACAUGGUAACGUCAAUAGCGAUGCAAUUUUAUUGGAUGAGAACUGGGAAGCCAAGUUAUCUAGUUUUGAAUUUUCCAUCAAACAUCUAGUAUGCUAUAAGGACCAUGUCUGGCUUUGUGAACAUACUAGCACAAUGGGGUACAUGGACCCAGCAAUUGAAAAGACAGGAGGUGUGACCCACGAGUCAGACGUCUACUCAUUUGGCGUCGUCUUAUUCGAAACAUUAUGCGGGAGAAAAGCUUAUGUUGAAAGUGAGGCCGAUAGGUUUCUAACUCCGUUGGCCAAAUAUCAUUAUGAAAACAAAACAAUGCAUGAUAUAAUCCAUCCUGAUCUAGUGAUUGACCCACAAUCACUCAUCAAAUACUCAGCUGUAGCAUAUUCUUGCUUAAAUGAAGAUCGAGCAUGCCGCCCAGGUAUGAACCAUAUUGUCGGUGAACUUGAGAAAGCACUGGAGCUUCAGCUGUCAAAUGAAAAUAUGGGAAUAAAUUUGGAAUAUUUGAAGAACUUGAAGAUUCGUCUCACUGAUAUUAUAUUCGCCACUGAUAAUUUUUCAAAGAAAUACAUAAUAUCAAGUAGUCCCUGCUAUACUUGUUACACAGCAAAACUCAAGAACUUUGAGAGCCAAAAUCAUUCAUCUGUGGUUAUAAAGCGCUUCGUUUCUGGACAAGAUUUCGAACAUGGAGAACAUUUUGUUAAAGAAAUUGAACUUCUUACCCGUGUUAAGCAUCCCAACAUAGUCACUCUACUUGGAUUUUGUAUUGAUGCUUCUGAGAGGAUCCUCGUCCUUGAAAAUUUUGAUAAUUUUUUUCUUGAUUAUCAUUUAAUAGACACCAAGAAGCCGUUUGUUUUGACAUGGGGACAACGUUUGAAAAUCUGCAUUGAUAUUGCACACGCUUUGAACUAUCUUCACUCUCAGAUGAUAAUACAUCGUGAUAUAUGUAGCCUUAACAUUGAGUUGGACCAGAAUUGGGGGGCAAAGAUUUCCAAUUUUGAUAACUUCAUAUACCUACCUCCAAAUCAAGAAGAUGAAGCUCUCUAUCUCAAUAAAAUAGCCGGCAGAGUUUACUACGUAGAUCCAGAGUAUGACAAGACUGGUAAGUUAAAAAGAGAAUCAGAUGUUUAUAGCUUUGGAGUAGUGCUGUUUGAAAUUCUAUGUGGGAGGGUUGCCAAUGACUCAAUUUAUGAGACGGGGAGUGCCAAAGGGCUGGUUGUUGCUGCAAGACGAAGCUUCUGCGCGGGAACAUUAGAAGAGAUGAUAGACCCAAUACUGAAAGGAGAAAAUGGCGAAAAUAAUUUUGUUCAAGAUAGAGGACCCAACAAGGAUUCUUUGCGCACAUUUAUUGAAAUAGCAUAUAGAUGUGUGGCGGAAACUCAAGACCAACGUCCAACCAUGAAAGUUGUUGUCAAGGAGCUUAAGAAAGCAUUAUUCUUUCAAGAAACUAGUUGAUAAUGGUUGAAGAAACAUACUUAUGGUGGACCUGAAACACACCUAAACUUUUAUUUAUGUUUUGUUUCAUGUUGUUACGCUUAUUUGCAAAAUGUCGUAUCUUUAUUUCCAAAACAAUGUACUUUCUCUUUAGUAUGAAUGAAAUUUGAAUUAUUUAAA